AUGUCGUCAUUUGAUUUUGAUGAUUUAUUAUCGUUAUCCGAUGAUGUUAAUCUUCAAAAUGAAUCUAAACAAUGUUCUAUGUUGUAUGAUAAUGUAUUCGAUGAAGUAACAUCUUCAUCGUUUGAAACUGAUCAAUAUCAAUUAUCAACAUUAUCAGACAAUAGUAGUUCAACACGUGAAUGUCAACUUUCAUAUUUAGAAUGUCGUGUAUGUGGUGCUCCAGCUCAUGGAUAUAACUUUGAUCAAAUUACUUGUGAACCAUGCAAAGCAUUUUUUCGUCGAAAUGCAUUCCGAGAUAUGUCUCAAUUAAAAUGUCAAUUUUCUGGUUCUUGUAUUAUUAAUAGUUAUACACGUCGACAAUGUACAUAUUGUCGAUUAAAAAAAUGUUUUGAUAUUAAAAUGUGUAAAGAAUUAAUUCUUACUGAAGAAGAAAAACAAUCAAGACAUUUAAUAAGAUUAGCAAAAGAACAAUUAAAAAAAUUUGUUCUAUCAAAUGAUCAACAAUCUCUUAUUACUCUAUCAAAAGGUUUACGAAAAAAAAAAAAACAUUUAAUAAUAAAAUCAACUAAUCAAGAACAUAUUACUAAUUCGAUUUAUAAAAUGUAUCAUUUUAAUUUUAAUUCUAUUCUAUAUGAUGAAGAUCGAAUAUUAUUGAAUAAUAUCAAUAAUGCUUAUCAAUUAACAAUAGAUAAAUAUGAUUAUUCCUAUGUUAAUAAAUAUACAUCAUUAACAUCUCUUAUACAAUUUAUGAAUGAUGAAAAUGUUAUGUACGAAUCAUUAAUUAAUUUUUUUAAACAUAUACCUGAAUUUAAACAAUUAGAUAUAGAUGAUCAAAUUAUAUUGAUCAAAACUAAUUUACUUAUUAUUAUACAUUUACAUCAUGUGAUAGUAUAUAAUUUUCAAGAUUGUACAAAUCUUGGUAAGUGUAUGUCAAAAUGGAUAAAUGAAGAUUUUCAUUAUCAAAUGGUACAAAUACGUCGAUAUUUCUAUCGUUUUAUGAAUUAUCCAUUAUUAUUAGAACUUGCAUUACUUGUUUUUAUGUUUAGUAUUAAUUUAUCUGCAUUAUCUGAUAUAAAUCAAUCAUAUGAAUAUAAAAAUAAAAAAAUAUUAUUUCAUUUUCAAAAUUAUUAUACAAAUAUUUUAUGGCGUUAUUUAAAUUAUUUAUUUGAUGAAAAACAAGCUAUUGAAUCAAUGCAAAUAAUAGUGAUGCAAAUUUUACGUUAUCAAUUAUUAAUGAUUACAAUGAAAAAUUCUAUACAACAAAAUCCUGAUUGUAAUAAGUUUCAUGUAUUAAUGCAGUCUGUAUUUGAACUUUAG